AUGAAGAGAAGUUUUGAGCAAGCCUUGUUGGGUGAGAGUAGUACUACCAACCAUGACAUGAGUAGUAGCAGCGAUCAUGCACAAGAGGCAGACACCACUACCAACUCGUCCUCAAUAACAACAACAACAACAACUUUAAAUCCUACGACUGUUGUGAACAAUAGACCACAACAAGCAUCUCCGAAUGAAACGAGUUCACUCACAACCACUCAACCACCAUCAUCACACCAACAACAAGCCUUUUCCGAUCCAUAUCAUCGGAUCACACCACUCAUGACUUCAAUAGGAUCACCUCAUCAUUCCAAUCAUGUCAUGAUUCAACAACAACUACCACAAACACAACAAACUCAACCCUCACAACAAAUGCCAUCUUCAACGAUUCAUUCACACUCUUCCAUGCUUCAUCGAUUGGCCAUUCACAAUGCCACUAUGAAUACAGUGAAUGCCAUUCAACAACGAUCAAUACCGCAUUCUAUUCCAUCUUCUUCUCAACAUUCUAUGCCAUCUUCUUCUCCUCCUCAACAACAUCAACAACAUAAUCAACAUAAUCAACAACAACAAACAUCACAUGGAAUAAUGACAUCCAAUCAUUCAUCACCUCCUUCCAAGAAAUUAAAAUCUCAAACAUCAUCACCAACCAAUCCAAGUCAAGCAUUACCUCCCAAUUUACCAAAUCUUUUACCAAAUUUAAUGGGCAAUAGUUUACCACCUUUGAGUAAUUUCUUAUUUACACCUCCUCCUUUUUUACAAGCUGUGAGUCGAUCACGAUCGAAUUCAUCCUCUUCAACAAAUUCAACCACACCAAAUUCUUCUCAACCGAUUCAUAGCUCUUCUUCUUCUCAAUUGAUCCAUAGUUCUUCACCAAGAAAUAGAUCUAAUUCAACAAAUUUAUUACCUUCUAAUGGUGUGAUCAACUCGUCCAAUAUGGUGAUCAACUCAUCCAAUAUGAUGAUCAACUCAUCCACACAAUCAUUCAAUAACACACUCUCUAACCCUUCUACUGUGGUGGUUCCUUCAGGUAUUCCAGUAAAUUCCUCACAAAAUUCUUCAAAAAGUCAUCCAAUCACUUCAACAGGACCUCUUCCUCCUUCUCAAGAUACAAGAAGUCAAAAAUUAAAAGAUACUUGGGUUGAAGUUUACAAAAGCUUAAAAAAACUGGAAGCUUUUGUGAGUCAAAAAACAACACAAUCUUGUACAAGGCCUUGGGAAAAUAACGAACAUGUCACUCUAUUUACAAUAAUUUAUGAUUUAUGCAUUUUACCUGAUUCUGUUUAUUAUGAAGAUCAGCUCUAUAUUCUCUAUUCUAUUUAUAUCAAGAAAUAUUUACAAACAACCAUUGUACCAUGUUUGAAAGACAAACAUUCUGAAGAUUUGUUAAAUGAAAUUGUUUUUAUUUGGGGAAAUUUUAGAGAUAUAUUUGUGAAAUUUUGUUCCUAUAUAUUUAAAUAUUUAGAUCAAUUUUAUGUUGUUUCAAAUUCCAAACGAACAUUACGAUCUGAAGCAUUUUACUCCUUCAAAACAGUUGUGUUUGAUGGAAUGAAAACUACUCUGAGACAAAUUAUUCUAGACAAGAUUGAUCAAGAUCGAAAAAAUUUCAAUUCCGAUACCUCCUUUUAUUUAUCUCAAAGACAUUUAUUGAGACAAACUCUUGAAUUAUUCAUUGAAUUGGAUCAUUCAAAUUUUGUACCAAUUCCAGACUAUGUUUCUCAACCACAACGUGAAAGUAUUGGUGGUAACAUUACUAACAUUUCUUCAUCAUCCAAUUUGAGUGUAUUGAAUUCUCAUUUGAAUUCUCAUACGAAUUGCCAUCUUCACUGUGAAGAAUAUGUUCAAGAUUUUGAAAAAUUUGCUGAAAAAGAAACGAGAGAAUUUUAUCAUAAAAUUGCAGAAGAUUGGAUUGAAAAGUAUAAUCUCACAGAGUAUUUAAUGAGAGCUGAAGAUUGUAUUCAACAAGAACAAUCAAGAAUUUAUGCCAUCUUUCCCACUCACUUUUCACAAAACAAACUCAUGAAAAUUGUAGAUUUGGAAUUGUUGAAAAAUAAGGAACAACGUUUAUUAGAAAUGUCUGGAUCAGGAGUGAAAAUUCUAAUUCGAGAUGAAAAGAUGGAAGAUUUAAAAAGAUUGUAUCGACUCAUGAAUCGAGUAGAAGGAGGAUUAGAGCCAAUUGCUGAACUCUUUAAAGAAUAUUUAAUUUUUGUUGGAAAUGAAUUAUUUAGCAAACAUGAGAGAGCGACUUUGGAGAUGAUUAAGGGAGUACAAUCAAACAUGAGUAGUAGUAGUAGCAGUAUUAGUACUUCUAUUACUACAUCUUCUUCUUCUUUUACUACAUCCUCUUCUAUAGCUACUACAUCUUCUUCUUCUUCUUCUUCUGUUACUACAUCCUCUUCUAUUACCACUACUACUAAUAGUAGUAAUAGUUCCUCUAUGGAUACUAGCCCUCCUGAAACAAACACAAAAUCCUCUUCAGAUCCUCUCAAUAAUAUUAUUGAAUCAUCCAUCAUUUCUAAUGAAGUAUACACAAAAUGUGUGAGAUAUUUGAUUGAAUACUAUGUCAUUGAAUUGAUGGAAUUGCACAAAAAGAUGAAAAAUAUUGUGAAUGGUCCUUUUUGUAGAAAUGUCAUCUUCCACAAAGCCAUGUCAGAAGGUUUUAAACAAUUUGUGAAUAAGAAUAUUUCACUUGGUCAAUUUGAAAUCAGAGUAGUUCAAUUAUUUGCCUACUACACGGAUGAUAUUUUGAGAAAAAAGACAGAUGAUAAUUUAGAUUUAAUUGUUGAUUUUAUUCAAUUCUUUUCAGAUCGAGAUAUUUUCAUUGAAGAAUAUAGAAAGUUAUUUGCUGUUCGAUUACUAGUAACAGAUUAUCAAGAAUUAGAAGAACGUAUGAUGAUUUCUAAACUUAAAUAUCAUUACAGAGGAGUAGCAGAUAUUUACAAACUUGAGAAAAUGCUUGCUGAUAAGACAAUGACCAAUGACAUGAGACAAGACUUUCAAAAUUAUAUCUCACUGAAUAAUUUACAUCUUCCUUAUGAGGUGAAUGUGACUGUAUUAACAAUGGGAAUGUGGCCUUUAAAAGCUAAAGAAUAUAUGCAACUUCCAAAAGAGAUUGCUGACUCACAAAUGCUCUUCAAACAAUUUUAUGAUUCUAGAAAUGGAAAACGAGUGUUAAAAUGGGUAUAUUCCAAGAGUAUGGUUCAGUUACUGGCUCACUAUGCAAAAGGAAAUCAUUUAUUGGAAUUGACCACUCUACAGGCCUCCAUACUUUUACUAUUUAAUGACAACUCGUCAUUGACAUUGAAACAAAUUGAAGAACUCACUGGUUUGAGUUAUGACAACAUUGCGAUUCAUUCUCAGCAACAGCAGCAAGCAUCAAGUACCAUCAGACCAUUUGGAGCAGCUGCUUCCAAUUCAGAAUCGCAAUCAUCGUAUUCAUCCGAUAUUGAUUUGAAACAAGCUAUUGCAUCACUCACUACCGAGAAAUUACCCCUUCUUAUUCGUACUAACAAUGCUAGUAGUAGUGGAGAAUCGUCCAUCGUGCUCACUCUCAACGAAGCGUUUCAUAAUAGACUUCACAAAAUUAAGGUUCCUCUUCCCAGAGUAACCCAAAAAGAUAUUCAGAGCACACAAUCAUCUGUAUCUACAGAUCGAACUUAUAUUUUAGAUGCGUGUGUGGUUCGAGUGAUGAAAACAAGAAAGUCCAUGAACAUUCAGAGUCUAUUUAACGAGGUCGUGACGCAGCUCAUACCAAUUUUCACACCUGAUGUGAAACAAAUCAAGAAGAGAAUCGAGUCGUUAAUUGAAAGAGAUUUUUUAAAACGAGAUGAAGUUAAUAACACAAUAAUUCACUAUGUUGCCUAA